AUGGGAUAUUCUAGUAGAGAUAGAGAUACCAGACACUCUAAUCCUAAACCUCAGGCUACAUCUGUAGCGAGUGUGACUAGUGUUAGAAACACCAGACUCGAGUGCAAGCGCUAUAACAUAUCACAUUAUGGUGAGUGUCGAAUAAAGAACGGAGCAUGUUUCAGAUGUGGUUCCUUCGACCAUUAUCUUAGAGAUUGCCUAGAGAAAUCUGAGAAAGAGAAAGUUCAUACUGCUAGAUUGAGCAACACAGCUGCAAGAGGUAGACCACCUCGUAAUCCCAAAAAUGUGAAUAGUAGUCAUGGCGUAACGAAAGACACUACUGUGAGAUCCGAGGCACGAGCACUAGCUAGGGUUUAUGCUAUUCGCGCUCGCGAGGAUGCUUCUACACCAGAUGUUAUUACCAGUACUUUCUCUAUUUAUGAUACUGGUGUAACUGCUUUGAUUGAUCCGGGAUCAACCCAUUCGUAUGUGUGCCUAAAUUUAAUGUCUAAUAAGAAUUUACCUAUUGAGUCCAUUGGAUUCGUGGUUAAAGUGUUGGACCCCCUAAGCCAGUAUGUGGUAGUUGAUAAAAUCUGCAAUAAUUGUCCAUUGAUGACUCAGGGUUACAGUUUUUUGGCUGAUUUGAUGCUAUUAUCAUUUGAUGAAUUCGAUAAAUAUGUAAGAAAAGGUUGUAAUGCUUACCUUUCUUCUUUACCGGCUACUAAAGUGUCUGAAUUGAAGCUUGAAUCAGUACCAGUGGUUUGUGAGUAUUUCGAUGUGUUUUUAGAGGAGUUACCUAGAUUACCACCGAUUAGAGAUGUCGAGUUUGCUAUAGAACUUGUACCGAGAACAUCACUGAUAUCGAUAGCACCUUACAUAAUGGCUUCUGUUGAGUGA